GGGAAACAAGCACGAGAGGAGAGGAGAGGAGAGAGAGAAUGGCCACAUCAGCAUCAGUCUCGGAGCUGCGCGCCGCUCCAUCGUUGCUCUCCUACUUAUCCACAGCCAAUCACCACCCCCGGAGAAGAAUCCAUACGGCGGCGACCACUUCUCAGUAUCCUCUGUCCUCCUCCUCCUCCCCUAAACUCGUUCCGCUUCACUCCGCUGCAUCCAAGAGCAAGAGCAAGAGCAGCAUCAUCAGCUUCCCUCCACUCCGUUGUCGUGCCUCAAACACUAUCACCGACGUCGAUGAUUUCGCCGCCCAAGUGCAAGCGGGCCAACAUCGCCUCCUUAAGGUCCCAACCUCGAAUAUCAGGAACUUCUGUAUAAUCGCGCACAUUGAUCAUGGGAAAUCCACUUUGGCUGACAAGUUGCUCCAGGUGACGGGCACCGUGGAGAAGCGCGAGAUGAAGGACCAGUUCCUCGACAACAUGGACCUCGAGAGAGAACGAGGCAUCACCAUCAAACUUCAGGCCGCUCGAAUGCGUUACGUGUUUCAAAAUGAGCCAUAUUGCUUGAACUUGAUUGAUACUCCCGGCCAUGUUGACUUCUCUUACGAGGUCUCUCGUUCUCUUGCUGCAUGUGAAGGUGCUCUCCUUGUUGUAGAUGCUUCUCAGGGUGUUGAAGCACAAACAUUGGCCAACGUAUAUCUAGCCUUGGAAAACAACCUGGAAAUUAUACCUGUGUUAAAUAAAAUAGACCUUCCAGGAGCAGAACCUGAUCGCGUUGUCAAGGAGAUUGAGGAGGUGGUUGGCUUAGAUUGCAGCAAUGCAAUCCUGUGCUCUGCAAAGGAAGGGAUUGGCAUACGGGAUAUCCUUGACUCUAUUGUUCAGAGGGUUCCACCACCUAGUGACACUAUGGAAAGGCCUUUAAGGGCUUUAAUAUUUGACAGCUACUAUGAUCCAUAUCGAGGUGUUAUUGUUUAUUUUCGAGUCAUUGAUGGGACCAUUAGGAAAGGUGACAGAAUUUAUUUUAUGGCAAGUGAGAAGGAUUAUUUCGCUGAUGAAGUUGGGGUUUUAUCUCCAAAUCAAUUACAAGUUGCAGAGCUAUUUGCUGGGGAGGUUGGGUACCUCUCAGCUUCUAUAAGGUCUGUAGCAGAUGCCAGGGUAGGUGACACUAUAACUCACUAUGGCAGAAGGGCAGAGGACUCAUUGCCUGGAUAUGAGGAAGCUACGCCAAUGGUGUUUUGCGGCUUGUUUCCUGUUGAAGCAGACCAGUUUCCCGAGUUACGUGAUGCCUUGGAGAAAUUGCAACUUAAUGAUGCUGCAUUGAAGUUUGAGCCUGAGACAUCAAGUGCCAUGGGCUUUGGCUUUAGAUGUGGUUUCCUGGGUCUCCUCCAUAUGGAAAUUGUCCAGGAAAGACUUGAGAGGGAGUACAACCUGAGCCUAAUUACAACUGCUCCUAGUGUCGUUUAUAGGGUGAACUGUGUAAAUGGUGAUAUUGUUGAAUGCUCAAAUCCAUCAGUACUCCCUGAACCUGGACAAAGGAGGUCAAUUGAGGAGCCAGUUGUUAAGAUAGAGAUGCUCACACCAAAAGAUUAUAUUGGUCCACUUAUGGAGCUUUCUCAAGACAGAAGAGGGGAGUUUAAAGAAAUGAAAUUUAUUACAGAAAAUAGAGCAUCCCUCACCUAUGAAUUACCUUUGGCAGAGAUGGUGGGCGACUUUUUCGAUCAGUUAAAGUCCAGAAGUAAAGGUUAUGCUAGCAUGGAGUACACUUUUCUUGGGUACAAAGAGAGUGAAUUGAUAAAGCUUGACAUCAGGAUCAAUGGUGAUCAAGUGGAACCACUAGCAACUAUUGUUCACAAAGAUAAGGCGUAUGCUGUUGGAAGAGCUUUGACACAAAAAUUAAAGGAGCUUAUACCAAGACAAAUGUUCAAAGUCCCCAUCCAAGCAUGCAUAGGCGCAAAAGUGAUUGCUAGUGAAUCUUUAUCAGCAAUCCGGAAGGAUGUCUUAGCGAAAUGCUAUGGUGAGAUGAGACUACUAUCUUGGUUAUGCUUAGCAGCUUUUUCCCAAGCUUAUCACAAGACAAAAGUUAUGAUGUGGUGACAUCUCAAGGAAAAAGAAGUUGCUGAAGAAACAGGCUGAAGGGAAAAAAAGAAUGAAGGCGAUUGGCAAGGUCGAUGUACCUCAAGAAGCCUUUAUGGCAGUGUUGAAGCUUGAGAAGGAAGUGUUGUGAUAUAUAUUCUGCUGACUGUGGCCUUGUAAAAUAGUUUCACAAAGGAUACGCGGAUGCCGAUGCCUUACUGAAAGGUUUUGGGUAAUCCCUGCAGCA